AUGAAACUCAUUGAACAUGUAGGUUUGAUGAAAAGUGUUACAGGCUUUGGAAAAUGCUAUGAGGUGCUAGUGAAGGAAUUUAUUGUAAACAUCUUUGUUGACUGUGAUGACAAUAAAAGCAAGGAGUUUAGAAAGGUUUUUGUGAGAGAAAAAUGUGUGGAAUUUUCACCUAAUGUGAUUAAUAGGUACAUGGGCAGAUGUGACGAUGAAUACACUGAGAUAGAGGUGACUGACAACCAGGUUUGCAAGGAAAUUACAGCAAAACAGGUUGUACAAUGGACUAGAAAAAGAAAGUUGUCAGUUGGAAAGUUAAGUCUAAAGUAUGCAAUCCUUCAUAGGAUUGGUGCUACUAAUUGGGUUCCCACAAACCAUACAUCAACCAUCGUCGUUGGAUUGGGGAAGUUCAUCUAUGUAGUUGGUACCAAGACCAACUUUGAUUUUGAAAAUUAUGUUUUUGAACAAACAUUCAAGCAUGUUGGUGCUUGUGUAGUGAAGAUGCCCAUUGCAUUUUGUUCACUUAUAUGUGGAAUCAUUCUUAGUCAACACCCAGGUAUCCUGAAUAGUGUUGAUGUUGCUAGCAAGAGGGAAUCUCCAUUUUCUCUUCACUACAUGUUGUUUGCAUGGACACAUGUCCUAGAUAUUGUCUUGACAUCUGACAAAGAGUCUGUCGGUUCAACCUCCGGGGCUGGUCUGAUUAUUGAAUUAAAAGACACCUGCAAAGCUUUAGAUGAUAUUAUCAAGACCUUCACUAAAAGGAAGAUCAGGCUUGAGAGGCUGAUCAAAUCUUUAGCUGAAGAGAGUCCUGAUAAGAGUGUGGCUGGUGAUGCUGAAGAAGGAGAUAAAGAAGAAGAGGAUGUUGCUGCUAGUGCAACCUCUGCAGAUGAAUCAGAUGCUUCUUCUCACAUAUGA